AUGGCCAGAAUAACAGGCCAACACCGCCCUCGCCUUACAAUACGACCGGACUACGAUUACGUCUUCGUCAGCGGAAACGGCGAAGAUGCAAAAGGCCAAUAUCUUCGCGGAAAGCUAUCGCUCUUCAUCCCAGAAGGACAAAACAUCACCAGCGUUCAUCUAAAGUUGACUAGUCGCAUGUGGCUUGGAGAUCACAAGGUUGACGCCGAAGAGGCUGUGAAGUGGCAGCGGGGUGAAAGCACAGUUCAUCAAUGGGAGCCAUUCAACGUCGUCGAUAAGAUCGGAGAGCCGUUCAAGAAUGGCAAGAAUUUUGAGUGGCCUUUUGAGCUGUUCAUUCGAGGGGAUCAGGCGGAGUCAUUCAAGGGCUGUACGCGAUGCAGUAUAACAUAUCUACUGGAAGCUUGGACGGUUGAUGGGCAUUCGUCGGAUAGUUUCAAGACGUUCUCGCCGAUAAGGAUUAUUCGUACACCCGGGUUCUCAUCGUACGAACUGAUGGAUCCGACAACAGUGCAGGGGAAGUGGUCAGAAAAGGCGGAGUACAACGUUUCCAUUCGACAUCGAGCGAUUGCACUGGGAGGGCUGAUUCCUAUCGAAGCCAACCUUGCGCCGCUCGACCCGGCGGCGAAGAUUACCAAAGCGAGGUUCUUCUUGCGGGAGAAGCACGAUGUGGAGAACGAGUCUAAUGCAGAAGGGCCUGGGUAUGAGGGACAGAGGAUAGUGACGGAAUGGCCGUUGGAGUUGAGCGACGAGCCUCAGCAACGAUGGCAGCAAUGCUUGCACCUCCCAAUCGCUGUGAGGAACUGUUCACCUGACUUUUCAGUCUGCGGAGUGUCUAUCACACAUUCCUUACACUUUGAAGUUACGGUGACCAACAAUGGUGUCACGACGGAGGAGGAGGUCUCGAUGCCUAUACAUCUCUUCAUCUCGCCAGAGUUGCCAGUGAAUGGCUGGGGUGUUUUCGUGAGGGAACAUGUGAUCGCGGCAAAGGAGGUUAAGAGCCUUUUGGCAGAGGGCAUCAGUGUUCCUCCGAAAUACUGCAAGGGGGACUUUGUGGUAGAGGAUUAUGAGGUCCCGCCUCCAGCAUAUAGUGAAGCAUGA